GGAAUCUGUAGGUGUCGCAUUAUUGGCUGAAGCUGAGUGGGAGGGGCUCCUGGUGCUGCAAGUGUCCAGCUGGGGAACAGAUACAGAGGAAGCAACUUCCGCUGGCACUGGGAGACGUCAGCCGACCCCGCGCAGAGAUAAUGAACCAGGAACUGACUCUAUGGCAUCUCUAGAGACUACACAAGUCCAAUAUGAAGCACCAUCUGACAGCUUUGUGGAGAUCUCAGAGAUGGAGGAGGCUAAGGAAUUGUCCCAUAGGGCCACUGGUGAUAUAGGACAAGAGCCACUCCAAGAGUCCGCUGCUAAUGAGAAAAUAGAAGUCUCCCAAGAGUCGCCAUGGAGCUUUGUUGAUAUAUCUGAAAGCGGAGAAUGCAAAGAGCCUGAAGAAUGUGCCACAAAGGCAGAGAUGUUACCUUACAGGGGACCUGGAGAAUCCAAUGAGACUACCAGUAGCUUUAUGGUUAUAAGUGAAUGCGGAGAAACUAAAAAUGCAUCUCCAGAAACAAAACGUGAAGCAGAAAAUGAAACCACAAGCGAAAGGGGCAACGUGGCAUUUCUAAACAGCACAAAUAGCUUCGUUGACCUUUCUGAGAGUGAGGAAAUGAGAGAACCACUUAAAGAAUCCACAAGAGAAGAUGAAUUUGAUGCCUCAGAGAAGGCCACAAGUGACCAGGUCCAUGCCCAAUAUAAACAGCGCACAGACAGCUUUGCCAUUUUCUGUGAGUUUGAAGACAACAUAAACCUGAUUCCGGAGGCCACACAUGAAGACCUGCUACAGGAGGCUACCAGUGAAGAUGCCUCCCAAGAGCCAACAUCCAAUAUAUAUAAGGAAAGGAAAGAUAAGACAGAAGGGGUCGUAUUCCAAAAUCAGCAAAAGUCCCAACGCAAGGGCCCUGAGGAUGGAACUGAUUUACCUCAUAUGGUCAUGUGUGACUUUGAAGGGGUCUCUAUGGAGUCUGAGGCUCAACUGACAAGGGAAGCACAUUGGUCAGAAUAUGAGGCUACAACGAUACAAAGGAAAGAGAUGUCCCAAGAGACUAUUUACACCUUCACUGAUAUCACUACUGAGAGCAAGACUACAGCAGAGCAACUAGAGGUCUUUACAAGCCCAACACAUGAGCCACACCAUGAGGCCAGUGCACUGCAUCAACUACAAUAUGAGGCCACCAUGAAGGAAUACAAAGGGAGAAACAAAGUUCAACCAAAAAAAGUCACAGUAGAACAGCUUCAUAAGUCUCCAAAAGAGGUCACAACUGAAGAGGACAUUGAUCUGACCCAUGAAAGCACAUGCACUUGUAAUGAUGUGACUACAAAUAUAGAAAGAAAUAAUGAACCAGAACAAACAAUGGAGUCUUUAAUGGCGGCAGGCCUAAAUGUAUUCCCAAAGGCAACGAUGGCCUUACAAUUAGCCUCUGACUGUAAAAAAGGCAAGGAACAAGUGAAAGAAAACAUAUGUCAAGAUGAAUAUAGGUCAACCCUAGCAGUCACCAUGGAGAGGGGAGCAGAUAUGACCAAUAAACAAUACUGCACUGCUGGUACCAAUUUCGAGAGUAGAAAAGAGACUCAUCAAAAUGUUACAGGUGAAAUACCAAAUCAGAACAUAAUUAAUCCCACCAAUGAGGACAGAAACAAGCUUUCAGAAUGGGAGGCCAUUGCUGUGCAACUGAAUGUCAGCGAGUGGCCACAGGAGGAUACAAAUAAGAAGGUAAAAAGGCAACCAGACUUGGGCAACACACAGGAAAAGCCAAAGAAGAAGAAAGCAAAUGCCAAGGGUAGUGAUCCACUUGGUGAAACCGAGGAAAGUCAUCCAGGUACAGUAGAAGGAACCAAUAAAGAGCAGCACGAAGAACUGGCCAGACUGAUUGUGUGGGAUGAGCUCAAAGGAAAACUCCAAUACUUGGCUCAGGAGGAGAAUAAAAAGGAACCAACAAGGAGGAAAGUCCAAGUAACAGAAAGUGACAAGGAAGAAGCCCAUGUAGCACAGAGGGAGGCCCAGGGAGGCCGUGCCGGCAGUACAGGUCCUUUCUACUAUGGAUGGUCAGGGAAUGCCCAGCUUCUGGCUCCGGCACAGACUCUGUGGACGGUACAGAGAGAUGGAGCAGUCAGGCUGAGAAUGGAGUCAUCUGGUGCUGGAUCAGAACCUCCCCUCACAGUAGCCCAGCUCAUGGCAGAUGCAGUGAGAUGGUUUGGUCAGCAGGUGGCGCUGUGUGUGCGGGAGGCUGAGGAGUGGCAGAGGAUAACCUACCUACAGUAUGGGAAGCAGUGCCGGGCUGUGUCCAAGGGGUUAAUCAGGAUUGGGCUGGAACGGUUCCAUGGUGCUCUGAUCCUUGGAAAGAAUUCUCCUGAAUGGUUCAUGGCAGAAGUGGGAUCCAUUAUGGCUGGGGGCCUGGCAGUUGUGAUUGACCCUUUAUGUACAGCAUCGGAGUGUGUGGAUGUGGCACUGAGAACUGAUACUCAAGUGAUUCUGCUUCAGGAUCGGGGGCAGCUGAGAAAGGUCUUACAGGUACUGAGGACAUUGCCCCAUGUGAAGGCCAUUGUCCAGUGGGAAGGAGAUAAAGAAGAGACACAUCCCAGGCUUUAUACAUGGGAGGAGCUUAUUCUUCUUGGCAUGGAGGUUCCAGAUUCCAAGCUUGAUGAUGUCAUUGCCUCCCAGAAACCCAACCAAUGCUGUGCUGUGUUUUACACGGAGGACAACCCCAGAGGAGUCAUGUUGAGUCAUGACAAUCUGACGUGGGUUUCUCAGACCACUUGUAAGCUGCUCAACCUGAACAAACAUGAUGUUGUGAUCAGUUAUCUGCCCCUCAACCAAGUGGCUGUCCAGCUGUUUGACCUCUGGAUACCCCUCUGCUGUGGGGGCACAACUUACUUUGCUGAAGCAGAUGCACUGAAGAAAUCUCUCCUCCCAACACUGCGGGAGGUGCGUCCCACGAGGUUUCUUGGUCUCCCUUGGUUUUGGGAGAAGAUUCAGACAAGAUGGAUGACACUAGAGGAGAAGACUAAGCUCUUCCCCAGAAAGAUCCUGGCCUGGGGUCGUGGUGUGGGACUCCGUAAAUACCAGAAGGAAGGGGCUGGAGCUGCACCCUGGGGAUACUGUCUUGCUCGGAGGCUGGUUUUUCACCCAGUUAGGGUGACCCUGGGUCUGGAUCGGUGCAGUCUUUGCUAUGUUGGCACAGUACCCAUCACACAUGGCACAAUGGAGUAUUAUGGCAGCCUAGGGCUAACGUUACUUAAUGUGUAUGGCAUGAACGAGAGCUGCGGGCUGCACAGCAUGGAACUGCCUAAUGCAUGGAGGACAAAAAGUUCUGGCCUAGAAAUACCAGGGUGCAGAACCCGUAUUACAGAACCACUAACAGAAGCAACAGGGGAGCUGUGUUUAUGGGGGCGCCAUGUCUUCAUGGGUUACCUGGGCAUGGAGAAGGAGACACAGGCAGCAUUGGAUGAUGAGGGUCAUCUCCUCACUAGUGACCUGGGAAGAAGAGACUCCAGUGGAUUCCUGUAUGUCACAGAGUGGGGUGCAGGUAAGGAGUGGGGUGCAGGAGCUUAUGAGAGGCCAAUAUCACAUGGAGGAACCCAGCACAGGUGGAGCAGUGAGGGUCUCUACAUGGAAAUCUAACCCCCAACUGUACUGGAACAUCAUCUUCUGCCCUAAAGCCUGGAGUCUAGAUGGACCUUCUCUAACUCAAUGAACAUUCCCAGCCUUAAAUCCUGGUCUCCAGAUUGUUCUUGACCCAUAAGAGCUGCUCUAUAAGACGAGGGAAUAACAAAUGUAUGGGGAGAUAGACGAGAGCUUGUCAUUGGUGAGCUCUCCCCUUGUUCAUGUGCUGCUAUUCUAUGGGGGUAGAAUAGCAGCACAUGGGGGGGGGGAUUGUUAGAGCAAAAAGUUGUAUUUGGGGUUAGUGUACAAAUAAGACAGAAGAGAAAAGCAAAGCAAAUCUGUUCUGGGGAAACCUUCACCCCAAGUUGUAACGAUACAAAAUAAAACUCGUAGGGCUUGUUUUACCUAAUGCUGCAAAAUCUGCAUUCAGAAUCAUAUUGGUUUUUUGGGAACUUCUCAUUCUUUUGUAAGGACCAAUUUACAAAUAUUCACCAAAAAUGGUCAGAAGUGGUGAUGUUGAGAGCAAUUGAUUGGAUGAGGCAUUAAAGGGGAACUAUUUGUGAAAUGAAUCAUUGGUAAAAAGGAUCAUUGCACCAAGUUUUCAGAAUGUCUAAAUAUAAUGCAUUAAAAAGUACAGUUAAA